GGUGUAUAUAAACCGCAACCCAGAGUGAAUAAAACCAGCAUAGUUUUGUUUGAGCUUUGGAGUUAAACAUUUACAUACAGGAGCGCAAACAUUUUCACAGAAUGAAAGCUUACGUCGCUUUUGCCUUUGUAAUCGUGUGCACAAUACUUCUGGACGCGACACACGCAUUCCAAGACAAACAUGGAAAACAAGAUCAACACCUGGAGGAGCUGCAGGAGAUGCUGCGAUACAGUAUGAUGCCCGAUCUGGAGGAUAUCCCUCGAUUCCGUCGCUCGGCUGAUCAGGAUUCGGACGGACAGUCCGGAGGCCAACAGGGUGGUGGCCGUGGUGGCAAACGAGGUCGAGGAGGCCAAGGUGGACCGGGAGGCCGUGGACAGGGACAAGGGCAGCAACAAAAUGGCGGACAAUAAAUCCAUAGCAAGUGUUGUUCGAUUCACGAAAUCCUGGCAGUUAUGUGUCGCGCACCUGAACGAUUAUAAAACAUCACAAAAA